GAACAAAUUAUGAGGAACCUACUACAUCUUGUGUCAUUUACCACACCGACCCUGCAGCCAAAUGGGAAUCGACAGAAUGAGUUGAAAACUCGAGCUACGAUCACAGGGCAGAAUAUUACCAUCUUGAAAUAUCAGACCUUUUAUAUAUCGAGAUCAGGUAAUGGUAAUAGGUGAUGAGCUAGUGCUUCACUAAUUUUACUAUACAUGGCCAACAAGAAAGGGACUGGGUUUGUCCAUCCUGAUGUUUGGUAUGGAGACUUAGCCUUUGCCCUGGCAUGUGAUUGGGGACCUAUCAGUGUUUGAAUAGUGUCUUUGUCACCCAUAACCAGGCAAAACUUUGGUAACAUGUAGGUGACUUUAAACCUCUACUAGUCUGGCUUUUGUUUUAGUCUUUUGCUCAUCUCUCUCCCUCUCUCUAGAUAAAAGAAAGAUUCUUUCCUUGUAAAAGAGCAUCAAGGCUAAGGGUGGGGAAGAUGAUGCACAUGGAGUGUUGGUGGCUUUUAAGAGAGAGAGAGAGAUACGAAGCGUUGGUGGGGAGAGAGAGACGUGCAAUUCUAAUUAUGGAGGUUCUUCUGGCAUUGCAUGUGCAUCAAUGAUAUAGGCCCACUUCAUAUUAUUCUACACCACUUCUCCUCCUUCCCCUUAAACCAAUCUUAAACUUGUACCCUCUCUCUCUCUCUCUCUCAAUCUUGUAUAUAUAUUUCUCUAUCUUCCUGAUUUUCUCAAUGUGGAACGAAGACUUGGGAGCAGUGGAUGUACCUUGAGAUGAGCAGUCCGGCACCUUGCACCCGAUCCUGGUCCAUCAGUGAGGACUCCCUGAGAAGGUAUGUGUACUUUGCCAGUGAGAGCUGUAUACAGGAGCUAUUAUCUGCCUCAGACACAACCCGGGUUGGGAACAGCAGUGAUGGGUGGAAAGUCCUCACGCUCGACAAUGGAGUGGAGAUAUCAAAACGGAGGUCUGGAUCGCUUCACACCUUUCGCAGCCGCUGGCUGCUUAGAUCAGUCUCACCUGAACAAUUCAUCACCGUGGCCAAUGCCAUUGAUGCUGCAAAGCAAUGGGACUCUGAUCUUGUAGAAGCCAAGUACAUCAAGGAUCUCGAAGACAACCUCAGCAUCAUCCGCCUCAGGUUUGGAGAGAGCUCUAAGCCCCUCUUUAGGAACAGGGAGUUCAUUGUCUAUGAGCGGCGUGAAACCAUGGAUGAUGGAACCCUGGUGGUAGCGGUAGCUUCACUGCCAAAAGAGAUAGCUGCUGGAUUGCAUCCAAAGCAAAAUAAUGCAAUCAGAGCAUUGCUGCUGCAGUCAGGCUGGGUUGUGGAGAAGCUUGAGGAUGACUCUUGCAUGGUCACAUAUGUUAUCCAGUUAGAUCCUGCUGGAUGGCUGCCCAAGUGCUUUGUGAAUCGACUCAACACCAAACUGGUUAUGAUCAUUGAGAACCUUAGGAAGCAAGUGCAAGCUUGUCCUAUUAAUGGUGAUGUAUGAUGAUGACAUUGUGUAUACCUUGGGGAGAGAAAAGUGAGAUAUUUACUAGCCAUAACAUGGAUUAUUGUAACCAAGCAAUCAAUACUUGGGAUUUGCUUAUGUCGAACCUGUUCUUGACUUUUUAGUUAACUAGAACAUUAUGAUUCAAGCAAGUCCAGAGUCAUGAAAAGAUAAUAUAAGUCGGUUUAUUAUUA